CUGGUUCGAGUCGAUGACCAUUUCUAAUGUUCAUAAAUCAUAGCGAAAUUUGUUUCGGUAGCUGUAAAACAUACGCAUUAGAUGCUACCCAGGUACGGGGACCCGUUUGGAGUGGAGUGCGUGUAUUGACACCUAGAUCUUUGCGGUUGAUAGCACGUGCCACACAGUCUGUUUUCAGCGAAAUUGGAUGCAUCUACACCAUUUCGCACACAAACCCACCGGCAAUAUGCGAAUCAACGGAAAGGUGGAGGAGGAUGACGUGAUUUGUUCAACUCCGUUGGCCCCUAGAGCUGGUGCAGUGCAGAGGUUGUUUGACUAAUACCCGUACUUAUGGAUAUCAAACGUUCGAAAAAAAAUUCUUCGAUUCAUCGUGCGUAUAUAAACUACCAAGAACGCUUCCACCAGCAUCACUCAGUUUGCUGAUUCAGAUUCAAUAGCUUGGUGUUUCCAACUUUCUUAACUUCUGAAACAAGAUGCACAAGCAAUUUGGUCUGAUUCUGAUGGUUAUUUCGUGUUCUCUGGCAGCGCCACAGCAGCGAAGAAACGGUAUCUCGAACGGAGGUGGUGCGGAAAGUGCCGCUACCAUCGUGAAACAGGACCAGCAAAUCAAUCCGGAUGGAUCGUACAGUUUUACCUACGAAACGAGCAACGGAAUCCAGGCGUCGGAAAGCAGCCCGGAUGGAGCGGCAGCCACCGGAGAGUUUUCGUACACCGCACCGGAAGGAGACAAAAUCAAACUGACCUACGUUGCUGACCAGGAUGGAUUCCAGCCGCAGGGAGCACAUCUUCCGGUGGAACCCCCCGUACCGGAGCAUGUCAUCAAGGCUUUGGAAGAUAUCCGUGCCAAUCCCCCGAAAGAUCCCGAUUUCAACCCGGCUUUCCUUGAAUCAGUUAUUGCUAGAUUGAGGCCACUGCAGGGAUAGACAC